GCGCACGCAUCCUGCCCGCGGCGCGCGCGCAGGUCGGUGCGUCGGUCGGGGGCGCGCUCGGGUACCUGUACCCCACGUAGUCGCCGGUUACCGAUCGGACUAAGUUCCAGUGGUGAUUUACAAGUCAAGUUAAAAUGUCCCCAGAAGUGGCCUUGAACCGAAUAUCUCCAAUGCUCUCCCCUUUCAUAUCUAGCGUGGUCCGGAAUGGAAAAGUGGGACUGGAUGCUACAAACUGUUUGAGGAUAACUGACUUAAAAUCUGGCUGCACAUCAUUGACUCCUGGGCCCAACUGUGACCGAUUUAAACUGCACAUACCAUAUGCUGGAGAGACAUUAAAGUGGGAUAUCAUUUUCAAUGCCCAAUACCCAGAACUGCCUCCCGAUUUUAUCUUUGGAGAAGAUGCUGAAUUCCUGCCAGACCCCUCAGCUUUGCAGAAUCUUGCCUCCUGGAAUCCUUCAAAUCCUGAAUGUCUGUUACUUGUGGUGAAGGAACUUGUGCAACAAUAUCACCAAUUCCAAUGUAGCCGCCUCCGGGAGAGCUCCCGCCUCAUGUUUGAAUACCAGACAUUACUGGAGGAGCCACAGUAUGGAGAGAACAUGGAAAUUUAUGCUGGGAAAAAAAACAACUGGACUGGUGAAUUUUCAGCUCGUUUCCUUUUGAAGUUGCCCGUGGAUUUCAGCAAUAUCCCCACAUACCUUCUCAAGGAUGUAAAUGAAGACCCUGGAGAAGAUGUGGCCCUCCUCUCUGUUAGUUUUGAGGACACUGAAGCCACCCAGGUGUACCCCAAGCUGUACUUGUCACCUCGAAUUGAGCAUGCACUUGGAGGCUCCUCAGCUCUUCAUAUCCCAGCUUUUCCAGGAGGAGGAUGUCUCAUUGAUUACGUUCCUCAAGUAUGCCACCUGCUCACCAACAAGGUGCAGUACGUGAUUCAAGGGUAUCACAAAAGAAGAGAGUAUAUUGCUGCUUUUCUCAGUCACUUUGGCACAGGUGUCGUGGAAUAUGAUGCAGAAGGCUUUACAAAACUCACUCUGCUGCUGAUGUGGAAAGAUUUUUGUUUUCUUGUACACAUUGACCUGCCUCUGUUUUUCCCUCGAGACCAGCCAACUCUCACAUUUCAGUCCGUCUAUCACUUUACCAACAGUGGACAGCUUUACUCCCAGGCCCAAAAAAAUUAUCCGUACAGCCCCAGAUGGGAUGGAAAUGAAAUGGCCAAAAGAGCAAAAAGAGAGAGCAACUGAGAUGGGGAGGAAUCCAGCUCUGCCUGACAUCCAGGCAUCCUCUCCAAAUUGCAUAGGUCAGUGAGAACGUGUUAUUUAUUAGAACCUGACAUCUGUUGCAGUGAAAUGAUAAGCUCCAUUAAAAAGCCUGGCCAUCAAUUACUGCCAAUACAGCCUUCAUCCCAGAGGAAGCCACUCACCAUCCUCUCAGCCUGUGCAGACCAGGCUGCACCAGGCACGGAGUGUUUACAGUCCAGCUCAGCCUCCUGGCUCCCCUGGGGGAGGGGCAGCAGGUAAAUCCCUUCUGCAAGUCCCCUCAGGCCAUCUCUCCCCAGGCCCUCCAUCUGUAUUCCUUUGGUUCCACUGGAAGCUUCUCUGGGAGCUGUUUUAAAGACUGCACCCCCUGUUUAUCCUGCUUUCUCAGUGGAAAACAGUUAGGGCUUUUGUUCUGGCCUCAGUCACACAAGCCAGAAGAAGCUGCACUGAACUCAGCUUAUCAGGAUAGUCACACAGAGAGAGUAACUGGGCUGGGCGUGGUGGCUCACACCUGUAAUCCCAGCACUUUGGGAGGCCGAGGCAGGUGGAUCACCUGAGGUCAGGAAUUCAAGACCAACCUGGGAAACAUGGUGAAACCCUGUCUCUACUAAAAAUACAAAAAUUAGCCAGGCAUGAUGGCGGGCGUCUGUAAUCCCAGCUACUCAGGAGAGUGAGGCAGGAGGAUCACUUGAACCGGGGAGACAGAGGUUGCAGUGAGCCAAGAUCGUGCCACUGCACUCCUGCCAGGGUGACAGAGCAAGACCCCGUCUCAAAAAUAAAAAUAAAGAAAAAAAGAGUAACUGGAAGGUCAGCACAUCUUUGUCGGGAAAAUUAACUCAGGUGUGCCCUUUCAAGAACAAUUGAGUGGGCUGGGCGCGGUGGCUCACGCCUGUAAUCCCAGCACUUUGGGAGGCCGAGGCAGGCGGAUCACAAGGUCAGGAGAUCAAGACCAUCCUGGCUAACAUGGUGAAACCCUGCCUCUACUAAAAAUACAAAAAAUCAGCCGAGUGUGGUGGCGGGCACCUGUAGUCCCAGGUACUUGGGAGGCUGAGGCAGGAGAAUGGCGUGAACCUGGGAGGCGGAGCUCGCAGUGAGCCGAGAUCGCGCCACUGCACUCCAGCCUAGGCGACAGAAUGAGACCCUGUCUCAGAAAAAAAAAAAAGAACAAUUGAGUGUUCAAGCUUGGGUUCCAAUUACCCCGCCAGCCACUGGGGAAGUGUUUGGGAUCACCAAGGAGAGCAACUUCCUUGCUUGUGAGUUAGGGUCACGUAUUCUCUUUCCUGGAAAAACAGACAGAUGCCCCAUAGAGUUAGAAAGGAAAGGGUAGAGGAGCUGGUUUGGGAUUUUUAUGAUAAACCGUAGUAGGAACAUAUGCUAUUAAUGGAAUCAGAGUUCCUUUUGAACAGCUGGGGGAAGAAACAUACAGUAAGUCAAGAAAAAGCAAAGGAUAGUGGCCUGGGAGUCAAGUGACUUGGGUCUCAUCUAGGGACCAUUAUGAAUUUCCUUCAUGAUCAUGGAAAAGACACGUCACCUUUCUGGACUUCAGUACCCUCCUCUGAAAGUACUGGGCUAGUACCCACCUGGUAAUCACUAAGCUGUAAUAUAUUUCUGGAAUUUUAAGUGAAAAUUGUUUAAGGUAGAUGAGCAUACUUUUUUAUUCAUGUUGAGAAACUUCCAUCUCUGUUGCCGGAGGUCAGACACAAAUUGAAAACAUUACUAAAUGGAAUUAAGUACACCGU